AUGGGGUCUGAUCACAGGAAAAGGCUCACGCCAAAGUCCGCUCUGUUUGUCAAGAAGUACCAGAAGGGAAUCAGACUUUCAUUUGCCGGUCUAAUCAUUGUCUUGACAGUGAUGUUUUUAUUUCACACACCAUCCAAUAGCACCGGCAGGAGUGAGAAAGCGGUGAAAAAUGGCAUUGAGAGAACUACAAUUGCCAGAGAUACACUGGGCGCCAGUUACAUAAUGCCAUUCACGGAUCAAUCGCAAGGUGUUUUCCAUCCAGAAGACGAUGGAGUCACCGUGAAAGCAGCAAUGGUCACUCUGGCAAGGAACAGCGAUCUAUGGCAGUUGGUUUACUCGAUCAGACACGUCGAAGAUCGAUUCAACGGGAGAUACCACUAUGACUGGGUAUUCCUAAAUGACCAGCCGUUCACCGAUGAAUUCAAAAGAGUCACCAGUGCACUGGUAUCUGGGAAAACCAAGUACGGAUUGAUCCCUGAUGAGCACUGGUCUAUCCCAGAUUUCAUUGAUCGGGAGAAAUUCGACAAAGCCAGAGAGGAAUUGAGUAAGAAGGACGUCCCAUACGGCGGGUCAGUUCCUUACAGACACAUGUGUCGUUACCAAUCUGGGUUUUUCUCCCAAAGCAAACUACUGGACGAGUACGAGUUUUACUGGAGAGUCGACACAGACAUUAAGCUGUACUGUGACAUACAAUAUGAUAUUUUCAAGUUCAUGAAGGUGAACAAAAAGAAGUAUGGGUUUAUUCUGUCCGUCAGUGAGUACGAGGCGACCAUCCCAACUUUGUGGAAAACUAUCUCGGAAUUUGCUGAAAAGAACCCACAGUACAUUCCAAAGAACAAUCUACUGGAUUUCGUUUCUGACGACAAGGGAGAAACGUACAACAUGUGUCAUUUCUGGACGAAUUUCGAAAUUGCAUCUCUAGAUUUCUACAGAUCUGAGGCUUACAGAGAGUAUUUCGAUUAUUUGGACCGCUCUGGUGGCUUCUUUUACGAAAGAUGGGGUGAUGCGCCCGUCCAUUCUAUUGCGGCAUCGUUGUUCUUGGAUAAAUCCGAGAUCCACUUCUUCGACGGUAUCGGUUUUUACCACCCUGAUUUCCAUUCUUGCCCAGUCGAAGAAGAUGUUAGACUGCAAAAUAAGUGUAUUUGUCAACCGGACAAGGAUCAAACCUGGUUCAACUAUUACUUCUGUACAAGGAAGUUUUUCGCUGCUGAAGGCUUUGCCAUUCCAAAGGGUGCGAAAGCAUUUGAGUGA